AUGUCACCCGCACGCAACAUACCCACUGUGAGCUCACCUUUGUCGUCAAGGACUGAGCCCUUGGCUGUUCCCCCGGGCCGUAGACGGCCCCAGGUCCAGUCUCGCCAGUCGUCGACCAGUGGCCCUGCCAUGCACCUGCGACUGCCCUCUUUGCCGCGCUUUCACCCUGCCAACUUUGGCACACCGACUUCAAGUGCGUCCGGCACGCCGGUAACCGGUCCUAACAGUCCGAAUCCUCCAGUCUCUCCCCGAUCAGGCAACAAUGUCAGUAAAUAUGAGGCUCAGAAGCAGAUGUAUCUCUACCAGCAACAGCUCCAGGCCAGGACGACCAGCCAGGUUCGUGGAGCAUUGUCGGCAAAACCCACCAGUCCCCGUCUAGAUCCUCUCGCCAGCCCUGGAGCCGUUACUCCGUUCGAGUUGGAGGGUACUGACAGCUACUUGACUGCGGGAGUCAGCCCCCACGACGCUGCUUCGCAUGUCGAGAGGCUGAUUCGUGACGAGGCCAGCCGUCGUGGUGACAUUUCCCCUGGUCGCACCACCUCAGUCGGCGGAAGGUGA